GCGCGGGGCGCGGCCAUGGCGGACGGUGCGGGAGCGGGCGCGGCGGGCUCCAGUGGGGCAGGGGGCCCGGUCAACCCUGCUUCGCUACCUCCGAGAGACCCGCAGCUCAUUGCUUUCAUAGUGGAGCAGCUCAAGAGCCGCGGCCUGUUCGACAGCUUCCGCCGGGACUGCCUGGCUGACUUGGACACCAAGCCAGCUUACCAGAACCUGAGGCAGAAAGUGGAUAAUUUUGUGUCAACACACCUGGACAAACAGGAAAGGAAUCCUGCAAUGAACAAGAACCAGUUGCGAAAUGGGCUGAGGCAGAGCGUGGUUCAGUCAGGCAUGUUGGAAGCAGGAGUGGACAGGAUCAUUUCUCAGGUGGUGGACCCCAAACUAAAUCACAUCUUCAGGCCACAGAUAGAGCGAGCAAUCCACGAGUUCCUGGCAGCCCAGAAAAAAGAAGCUGUGCCAGCUCCUCCUCCAGAACCUGAAAGCCAGGAUCCUCCAGCGCCAUCCCAAGAUACCUCCUAAGGAUAUACUUGAUACCUUUGGAAGACUCCAUUUAAUGAAGAAAUGAAACAGAUUCCAGUUUCAUACGGAUAUAACUUUAGUCGCCGAUGUCACUACUGAUGUCAAGAUUUUGACCUUGACUCGGGUGGUGUCCAUAUUGGAUGGGCAGCAAGUUUGGUGGUGGAACGUUACUCAUACUUCCUCAUGAAUUGUGCCACCUUUGGCCAGCCUGUCCAGGGGUCUGACCCCAGUAUAGACACUACAGAGGUUUAAGCACUACGUGACUCGGGCUGUCCUGAUCAGACCUUUAUACUUGAACCUGGACACUGCAUGUGGAUGUUAACGCUUGUGCUCUGCAGUAUGCAGAAGCCAGGCUGGGGCUAGCCGGUCAGGACAGCAAAGGGC